GGUGAGUAUAUUCGAUAGAGUCGCCUCUUCCAAGCAGCUGCAGACUGCAGCGCCACCUGCGCACAUCGGCCAUUUGUUUGAACGCGGCCGGCAGCCUGUCACAAUCCGUGACAUCGGCUGCGCGCUCCAAGCUUGAGCACCCCAACCCACCUCGCACAAUCUAUUGCUCUUCCUCCCGGUGUUUUUUUCGCCCAGUCGAAUCAAGAUCUUGACCCAACAUGGGCCUGCUGUUCUCUCUGCCCUUGGCAGGCGUCUUCGGCACAGUAGCCAGCUCCUGCCUCGCCGGAGUAGCCUUCUGUUUCACGUCUACUGCCGCGUCUAUGUUCUUCAAGUCAUGUAAUUGCAACUCGUCCAUUGCAACACGUGUUGGCUUUGCAAUCAUCUUCCUGCUAAACUCCAUCCUAGCAUGGGUUAUGAAGACCCAGCUGGUCAUUGAGCUCAUACGAAAGUGGAGUUACGACUAUAUCAAGAUGGAAUGUGACAAUGACAAGUGCUAUGGGGUGCUCGCAGUGCAUCGCAUUUGCUUCGCGCUGGCUCUAUUCCAUGCCAUCCUUAGUUUGGCUCUCAUAGGCGUUAAGGAUACUCGGGACAAACGGGCUGCUCUCCAGAACGGUUGGUGGGGGCCCAAAGUGCUGCUGUGGAUAGUCCUGGUUGGCGUCUCGUUCUUCAUUCCGAACCCCUUCUUCAUCUUCUGGGGGAACUAUGUUGCGCUGAUCGGAGCCACCGUUUUCAUUCUCCUCGGAUUAGUCUUGCUAGUUGACUUCGCCCAUACGUGGUCGGAAACCUGCCUGGAGAACUGGGAGAAUUCGGACGGGACUUCUAACUUAUGGCAGUGGAUUCUCCUUGGGUCAACGGCGGCCAUGUACAUCUUCACAAUCACCGUGACAGGGCUCUUGUUCGGUUAUUUCGCGGGUUCAGGGUGCACCCUGAAUCGGUUCUUCAUCGCCUUCAAUCUCUCUCUGGUCAUCGUUAUCACCAUUAUGUCCGUGCACCCGGUCGUCCAAGAACACAAUCCCCGAUCCGGUCUCGCGCAGUCGGCCAUGGUUGCUGCAUACAGCACCUACUUGGUUAUCUCCGCGGUCUCGAACCACACCCACGAAUCGAAACAGUGCAAUCCGCUGCGGUCGACCGAGUCGACGGCUCGCACCACGGCCGCUGUGCUCGGGGCCGUCUUCACGUUCCUUGCUAUUGCCUAUUCGACGACACGCGCUGCGACGCAGAGCCGCGCUCUGGUUCGCCGAGGAAAGCGUUCAGGAGCCAUCCAGCUGCCAGACGAUGGGUUCGAUGGGCAUGCCGAACUAGGCGUUGUCAAUAAGCAGCCAUCCAAGACCGAUUCGCCACGCUACCAGGCCCUGUUGGCAGCUGUCGAGGCUGGCGCGAUUCCGGCUUCCGCACUGGAAGAAGAAGACGAAGACGAUGCCGACGAGGUCGACACCGAAUCACGCGACGACGAGCGCUCAGGCACCCGUUACAACUAUUCAUGGUUCCACGUGAUCUUUGCUAUCGGGGCAAUGUAUGUCGCCAUGCUUUUGAAUGAUUGGAAUGUUGUCAAGGACAUUUCCAAGGCCCAAGAGCCGAAUGACAUCUACAUUGGGCGGUCGGAGGUGGCCAUGUGGAUGAGAAUCGUCUCGAGUUGGAUCUGCAUGCUACUGUACAUGUGGAGUCUCCUUGCCCCAGUGUUCAUGCCUGAUCGAUUUGGUGAUAUCUAAUAUUUCAGUGUAAUUAAGUAUGUAUGUUAUGUCUGAAAAUACGGAGCAGGCGCUGUUCAGUCACAAUCCGCGUGCGACACAUCGGGCACUCUCGUGUGCUGGACAUGAUCACCUUGCUGCAGUCAACACACAAUGACAUGUGCCUCGAAAACAACUCAGUCGAUACUUGGAGGAUGACAACGACACUCACCCGCAGUCGACGAUUGCAAUGCAGGCUUCUUCGUCGUAGCAUAUCACACAAAGGCCUUGUCUUUCAGGAACCACAGUCGGCUGUUUGAACGCUAGCGGCCUGGAGGAGUGGUCGAUGUUGCCGGGCCAUGAUCCGCGCUGUCUCCCGCUGCAUCAGCCGCGUCUUUCUCCCUCUUCGCGCGCUCGAAUUGCUCCAUCAUCUGGUGCUGCAGCUCGAUCCUCUCCCGUUCCUCCUGCUCUUCAGCCAGCCGAUGCCGCUCUCGCUGUCUCCGUUCCUCUUCGACCAGAUCCCGGACCCGCUUGACGAGCUCGCUCUUCUCCAACACUUGGCCCGCGUUCACGUGGUUCAUGUGCAGCGUCUCCUUGAGGAUGUGCACAGACAACGUGGAUACUGUAUCGGGGCUCAUCUCGAGCAACUGAUCCAUGGUUGGUAUAGGGAUCGGCGGCGGUGCCGAUGUCGGUGCAGUUGAACUAGCCCGCGGGCGUGGUUGCGCUCUUUCGGCAUGCGGGUUCAGAUUCUGGCUCGAUCGAGAUGGCCGCGGCCCGGCUUGUGGCGGACGAUUCGGCGGAUGUCCCGGAGGUAUAUUAUGCGGACGCGGCUCAGGCGGAUGUGGGCGCGUGCUAUGAGGUCUCGGCGGAGGAGACUGCGAGUGAGGAGGAGGUCCUGGAGGCGAAGCGUAUCGGGGAUGGGGAGGAGGUCCUGGAGGUGGCGCGUAUCGAGUAUGGGAAGGUUCGGGGGCCAGAUCCGGGCGCGCGAAUUCGCUGUAUGUUUGCUGUGGUCGUGGCGGCAAUGGAGCCUCACGAGUCGGUUCGGCUGAGUUGCGCGAAAAGAUGCCCCGCGAGCGAGCCAUGUUCGAUCGGUCGGGCACAGAAUACUUGCGAUAAUAUAUCUAACGCAGCACUCUCUAGCCAUGCGGUGCAAGGUGCAAGAAACACGCACUUCAUUAGCCGGUGGUAAACAGCCAUUGGCUGCUGCAAGCAAAGGAAUAUGGACUGCUCUCGAGUCAGGCAUUGCAAGUGAACGCACCUUAGCGGAUAAGAUGGCAUCUAUCAAAUCAUCCUUCUCUACUGCCCGCUCUGCUCUGAUGUUGUACGCGUUGAUGUAGUUCUUGAGCUUAGAUAGCUGGAGACCUUUCAAAUGGGCACGCCCGCCGGCAGUUACUAUGAAUGCUGAGAUUGAGUGUAGCCCGAUCUGCAGUGCACUCACUAUUCAGGUAUUCGAUGCAGUAAGCACACACAUUCAUCGCCUCGUAACCGGUGUCCGGGGAUGGUCGAGGCAUCAGGCCUUGGUAAUCGGUGCAACUGUGGCAGUAGUUGUAUCC